CUCCCUACCGAUUUAAGCAUCUAAUUUCAACAACACCACCCACACCCUUCCACACCGCAUCAUUCUUCCCAUGGACCGUCCCAUCUCUCAAAAAACUCAGCUUCAAUACCGAUUCUGCGGAGGAACAUCGUGCGGUGGUGACUAGAGCAACGAAGAUGGUGGAAAGGUGGGGAGGGUGUUGUGCUGUGGGUGGAGACGAUGUGAUCUCGAUUUUCGAUUUUGGGUCGCAGAGUGGUGGUGAGGGAAGGAAUUACGGAAAGGGCAAGGCAAGAGAGACAAACGAGCGGCCCAGGGAGAUGGUUCCGAUCGUCAUCGAGAUUCCGUCUUCCAAAGACGCCGAACCGUCCGAACGAGCCAUCAAGUCAAUAACCUGGGCCUUCACCAAAGAACAGCCCUCAUCGCCUCUCCUGGUCUACGCCCGAAAGAGCCGUGUAUAUGUCCUCGAUCUCAAGGAGCACCUGUCUGGGAGAUCGAAUUGGUUGAGGUUCUUGAAAGGUCAUGGUGGGCUUAUAACCUCGGUACAAACGUCCCCAGACCGGCCUUUUCUCAUCUUGACGACUUCUCGCGACCUCUCGUCCCGUAUCUGGGACCUCUCACCCAUUCCCGCGCCACAUCCCGGUCCUGAACCCCCUUUGGCGCCUCCGACCACCAGCACUACCGCCACCGCCUCCACCACGACAACAACCCAUCAACGCACUCGAGAACUCCGCCCUCGUAACAACAUCAUCAAUCCGAAUGCUCUGAACCGCAAAAAUCAGAGCGGCACGAAGACCGCUGGUGGCAGCCUGAGUGGAGCAGGAGCAAGACGAGAGGGAGGAGAGCGAUGGGGAGGAGUGGAUAUGGAGCGUGCGUUCCCUGGCCGAUGUUGGCGCGUUCUUGCGGGUGGACUGCCCGCGGGUCAUUUGGGCGGAGUGUUGUGUGCGGCGUGGCACCCGAGGUUGCCUGUCGUUGCGACUUGUGGGGUGGAUCGAACGGUCAAGAUCUGGAAUUUGAACCUCCCGCCGGACGAAGAGACUGGCGAGCCGAUUUUCAGUACUUCAUACCUCCACAGCGCACGUAUUCUUUCCGUAUCAUGGCUCCACGACGACAUCCUCGCCACCCACAGCUCGCCCACCCAGAUCCAAGACCUGUCAAACACAGACCCCGAUCGUAAAAGCGAUGAGCCCAUGAAGCUCAUUCGCAUUCCGGGCGAACUGAUCAUCUGGAAAUGGACGAGUAUGCACCGAUUCUUUCCUGGACGUGAUUCUGCGGGGGACGACGUAGGUUCAAAACGGCCAGAGGCGCAGAGACAGGAAACAGGGGACUCGGAGAUGGAAGUUGAAGAUGAAUUGAACGGGGAAGGCGGAGGUGGAAAGGAAGGGCACCAAGCUGCUAGUAAUGGGAAUGGGAAGGGACGAGGGAAGGAGUAUCAGAUGGUGUUGAGGGGGGGUGAGAGGGACUAUAAGGAUAGCGUAUCGUUCACGAAACUCGCGACACUUUCCCUUCCGUUAUCCAGCCCAUCGUCCUUGAACCUAACGACCUAUACCCACACGGCACCACACAGCCCUGUCCCACCGCUCUUCCUCAUCCCUUUUUCAGAGCCUCAUCCGUCGCCCCCGUCCUUGUCCACCGGCACCGGCACGCCAAUGACCGCCCAAGCAAGUGCCAAACCGACCACCACGACCAUCGGAAGCAUCCGUCUCAUUCCCGCCUGGGCGCUCCAUGUGCACAAAUUACGUCGUAUAAUCCUCCCGAACCGAGAGCGUGAGGCCAGCGGCGAGAUGGAAGGUGUGUUGAAUGAUAUGACGAAACAGACGGGAAAGAUGCGGCUCGCUUCUGCUUCUGCCUCAACGAGUAGGGAGACGAGUGCGGCUGUGGAUGGGGCACGGGCGGGGAGUAGGAGUGCUAGUACUGCCGCGAACACGGUGAGGGGAGGGAGCAGUGUAGCGCCGGGCAAUGGGAGACCUUGGAAUCAAGGAAAUGGGUGGGAUUUGAAGUGGGAGUUGAGUUCAUGGGCUGGUCGGACUGGGGUUGGAGUGAAUGGAGAAGAGGGGAGAGAGGCAUUGAGGAUUGAGGGUGUUAGUGUGGGCUUGGGUGGGGAUGUUGUUGUGGCGGUUGGGGAGGAGGGCAUGAGAAUUUGGACGAAGGUGAAAUGA